UAAUAAAAUUUUGUAUUACGACGAUAAAAUAUUGCGAAAUUAUAUAUGAUUUUAACAUAUAAUAAAUAAUAACAAUCAUCGAUAAAAGAUUUUUGUGAUCGCUAUUACCUGUCGAGGAUGUCGUACGCAACCUUUUUAAAUGACAUCAUCAUACCAAAUUAGUAUUUGAUGCGUGAAUAAAAUACAAUACAUACACCUACGUUUGAAAAUAUGACAGUUUUCAUGAUUACUUUUUUUAAUUAUCUGUUAUUAUGAAACGGAACAAUGAUGAAGACAUUAUGUAUUCACGUAUUGAAAUAUAAAACUGAGAAAUGUUACUUUCUAGAAAUUAAAUAAUAAAAAAGAUAUUGUCUAAUAAAUUAAAUCAACUUAUCUCAAGGCUUACAAUGUUAUAAAAAUAAUUUAUAUACUCUGCGUUAAUGUUAACAGAUCGAUCAUACUUUUUAUUAUGAUUUUGGCCGUUGGUAAAAGGGAAGAAAAAAUUGACAAACCAAUUUAUAAAAAUAUAAGUUAUUAAAAAAACUAUAAAAAAGAUCAAUAUGACUCAUACAUCAAGAUAUUUAGGUUACCAUGGCAGUAUGAAUCGUGAUUAUUUGACAGAUGGAGAAGAAAGUCAGCGUGCUCCUUCGGAUCGCACUAUGUCGGAAUACAUUGUGGCCAAUGAUCAUACUACAAUGGUAAAACCAGUUAUACCAACAAGAAAAAAUCGUAAAGAGAAGUAUGAUCAAGGUGAGGAGAGAAGAUCGCAAAGUGUACAAAAUGGUCAUGGAUCUAUAUUUUCUGGUCCAUCUCGACAUCCGUUUAAUAAAAGUGCAUCACAUGGUAGUAUCUGUGACAAUGGUUCGGACAUAUAUGUUACAAGUGCUGCUUAUAGAACAACUUCAGAAAUAAGCCGUGGAUCCCACCAUAGCCUUGCACCAAGUUCUAGAAUGGAUCAUCGAGCUCCUAGUCACUAUAGUUAUGGUUCCGGAAGAUCAGGAAUAUCAACAGUUAAGACACAAACUUCAAGAAAAGAUGGUAUUAUUAUAGAAACCAUGUCAACACCUAAUCCUUUUUGUCCAAAUACAAAAGGAAUCUGUUGUCUGAUGUUACUUUUGAAUCUUGGUUUAAUCCUUGUAACUUUGGGUUUUGUUAUAGUGAUACAAUUCUUUCAACCAUUGGUUGUAUGGAUUUUAGGUAUAGUUUUUCUUGUUUUUGGAUUCUUAACAUUGAUAGGAAGCCUUGUAUAUUGUGUACAUGUAUUCAAAAAUGCUAAACACCCACAUGAUAUAAAUCCAGAAGAUCUCUAUUGGACACGUUAUUGGCAAAAACAAGUUGGAUCAGCACCUGAAGUCUUUUAUAAGGCUGAAGACAAAUAUCAAGAAGAUGGAUAUAGUGACCGCUACAGUAAAUAUUCAGGCAAAUACUAUGAUAGACAGAGAUAUUGAAAAUUUGAAAAGCUAUUAAAUAACAACAUGCAUAUAUAUAACAAUAAUGCAAUUCAAUGUAUAUAAUGCAUAUAUAUUGAAAGAAAAACCAAAUAAUUAUGUAUAAUUUCAUAAACAACAAUUAAUCAAUUAAAAUAUGUUAAUACUGGUGCAAUAAAACAUGAUACUCUUUAUAUAUAUUUGCAUAUACUGACAUUGUUAAUAAUAAGGUAUAGAUGCAUCAGAGAUUUUUAUACAUUUCUUAUAUUUAAAAGAUUUUAUUUAUUUUGUAUUUGUAUUUCUAAAAAUAUACUGAUAGAAAUAUAACUACUACAUCAAAGGUUACUGAUUAAUGUAUUGUUAUUAGGGGAAAAAGUUUCUUCGUAUUCUCCCAGCAGAUGACAUUAUGAUCAUAUAACUCUGGUAAUAUUAAUUACAUUUAUAAUAAUUGCAUGUGUUAAUUCCAUCAUGACAACGCCAGACCCCACAUAUUGGUGAUCCAUCAAAAAUUGAGAGAGCUUGCCUGGGAAAUUUUGAUAUAUUCACUGUAUAGUCCUGACCUUGCACCAUCAGAUUACCAUUUAUUUUUGUCCUUGCAAAAUUCUUUUAACAGUAUAAAACUAGCUUUAAAAGAGGUUUAUGAAAAUCACUUGUCCGAGUUUUUUGUUCAGAAAACAGAAAUUCUACAAUGAUGAAAUUAUGAUUUUAUCUCAAAAAUAGCAAAAAGUGAUCGAUUAAAACAGCAUAUAUUUGAUGUGAUAAACUUCAUUUGAUACAUAAAAAAACUUGUUUUACUUUUGCUUUAAAAUAUGAAGAAACUUUUUUUCCAAUGCAUUAUAAUUUUUAUAAAAAUUUUAUUGUCAUUAUUCUACCAUACUAUUUUUGAUAUACAACCACACGAUCAAACAGAUCCCCAUUUAUAUACCUGCCACGUUUAUCAAUCAAAAAAUACAUCUUAUAGGGUUCUAUUUUAAUUGAUGUAUAUACACCUCUUUUAUCAGUUCUCGAUUGUAUUGCAUAUACCUUGAAAAUAUUGAAUGUUAUUGAUAUUUUUUUAUAUAUAAAUAUAUGCAUAGAAUACAGAUCAUCAUUAAUUA